GAGCACCAUGCUCUUCUAUUCCUUUUUCAAGUCUCUUGUGUGCAAGGACGUGGUGGUGGAACUCAAGAAUGACCUGAGCAUCUGUGGAACUCUCCAUUCUGUAGAUCAGUAUCUCAACAUCAAACUAACUGACAUCAGUGUCACAGACCCUGAGAAAUACCCCCACAUGUUAUCGGUGAAGAACUGCUUCAUCCGGGGCUCUGUGGUCCGGUAUGUGCAACUGCCAGCGGAUGAGGUUGACACACAGUUGCUACAAGAUGCAGCAAGGAAGGAGGCGCUGUAGCAGAAACAGUGAUGAUCCCCUGCAUCAGUGCCCUUUAACCUCAUGCCCCAGGCAGGACCCUAUUCCUACAGAUUUUCCUACAUAUUUGAGGUGCUGUGCUUGAUUCGGGAGAGAACGCUUUUUAAAAAAGGAAUGAAGAAAUGAAAGGAAUAAUAGUAGGGUGGGAGCAACUAUCCUCUGUUGAGAAGGGGAGGAUUGAUCUAAUGGGGUGGGGGGCUAUAGUGCCUGUCCUAUCCCCAGCACCUGCCCUUCUCGUUCUUCCUCUGGAGAAGGGGAUGUUUCCCCUAGAUCUCUUCAGGGCAGGAGGUGAUUCAUUUUUGG